GGGUUCAUACAUAUGCUAACGUACGUAUCAACGGGUUGGAGAUUCUUUACCUGAGGUUGUUGCCUUAACUUAUACAAAGAUUCUUGCCUACCACAUAGAUUCAAGCGGUUGUGUAUAUAUCUAACGUCACAGUGCUAAAGACGUUUGUUCAGAGAGAAGUUUCCGUUGAAAAGAAGAGAAGGACCGACCGUGUCAAAAACUCGAAAAAAUGGGUGUCAUUAUUGUGAUUGCAAAACGUUUUGAUGCUCUAAUUGGGCCUGGAGUCAUGCUUCUUUAUCCUCUGUAUGCAUCGUUUCGAGCAAUAGAGAGUCCAACAAUGUUAGAUGAUCAACAAUGGCUUACAUAUUGGAUCAUUUACUCCCUAAUAACAAUAUUCGAGCUAUCCGUUUGGAGAGUCCUUGCAUGGCUACCAUUUUGGCCAUACUUGAAGCUUUUGUUCUGCAUGUGGUUGGUGCUACCGAUGUUCAGUGGUGCAGCCUACAUUUACUCAAAUUUCGUUAGACAAUACGUCAAAAUUGGGAUGAAUGUUGGGGGAGGAACGAACUAUACAGAUGAACAGAGAAGAGUUUUACAGAUGAUGAGCCUUGAUGCAAGGAAAUCGGUUCAAGACUAUGUUGACCGGUUUGGAUGGGAUUCUGUUGAGAAAGCAAUCAAAGCGGCUGAAAAAGAAACAAGAAGGCAUUGAGGUGGAAGAUCAAGAAUCACCAAAACAUUACUCUUUGCUUUGUAUAUGUAUGUGUAUAGAUCAUUAUAUAGAGACCAAAGCUUUUAUGAAGUAAAAGAAAGAGUUAUGCUUAAAAUUUGUGUGUC